AUCCAAGGGGGAACUAUCGGUAGACCGGGUCAACAUCACGAUGAAGUUUCUUUUGUUACUUGUCGUCGGAGUGUGUUUGUCAGCAGCUGUCUCUGGUCAGGCUGCUGGUACUGGGAGCAACAUUCUGACAGAUGCAGCAAACGCAGUAAACUCUGUUAGUAACACAUUGGCUGGUAGUCAAACAUGGAACAUACCACAACAGGGCGGAGUUCAAUCUGGAACACUUUGGUCCGCUCCAGGCGCAGCCGGCCAGUUUAACACCGCAGGUGCCGCCGGAGCCUUCCAGAACACACAACAAUUAUUUCCAGGAGCACAAGCGGGUUUGAACGGCUUAGGUGCCAAUGGAGCCUUCCAAAACACACAAUUAUUUUCAGGAGCACAAGCGGGUUUGACCAAUGGAGCCUUCCAGAACACACAAAUAUUAUCAGGAGCACAAGGCUUUCCAGGAACAACGGCGGGCAUGGGCGUACCAGGAUCAGUGCCGACUUUCUCAACAGCAUCGUCGUUUCUGCCAGGUGCAACGGCACAAACCUUUACCACAGUUGACCCUGGAUUUAACAACGGUUUAACACCUUUCGCAGCCCCUAACCAAAAUCUUAUUACGAUGGGAUCACCGGUUGUACCAUUUAGCAGCAGCAAUGCCCUUAUCCCAGGAGCAAUCAACCCCGGAUUUUCGACCUUUGAUUCCGGUUUUUCGGCAGGAGUACCACUUAAUCCCGUUUCAGUCGGCCAGGUAUUUGGUAACCCCACCCCCAAUGUCUUCGGCUCUGCGAUGCCUGUGACUGGUGUCUCCAAUAUCGCCUUCAAUUCUCAACCGAUGACAACAUUUUUCAAUCAAGCUCCAAUGCUUAACACCGUUCCAUUCGAGAUGAACAACGCUCCAAUGAUUGAUUACAGUUUUGGCGCAAAUAUGCCGUAUAACAACUUCGCUCCAGCAAACAUGGCAUCCAAUAUGUACACCAUGCCAACAUUUGAUAGUAUGCCUACUUUUGGCAUGGACCCCAUGGCGUUCAACCAAGGCAUUAUGGGAACCGGCAACGACGAUAACAAAGCCUACUGCAUUCCUCUUUCUUCCCUUACACCUCAACUUCUCCAACAACUUCAAGGAAAGAAGUAAACAUUAGAACACUCAAGAAAGAAAUGCUGGAUCGACUGGAAUAGAAACCUACUCUGGACCCCGAUAUCCCCUCACUUUCUCACGCUCCCGUUGUUGAGUGUCGUGUCAGUCUGUUCAUUAAACUUUUACUCAUCUUGACGAA